CCGCCAUUUCAGACCGGGACGGAAAGGAACGCGGAGCGGCCGCCGCGGCGGGGCGGGCAAGGGAGGUGCCGGCGUGCUCCGGCGGCAGCGCCAGGCAGGGAGGGAGUUGCUUUCCGGUAAUAGUAAAGGAACGUGAAACUGAAUGAGAACGCACCAACGGCAUCCUCAUUAGCUGCAGCCCGACUCUGCUUAAUGUUGGUUUCUUUGUCAUCAGGUCUGCUAAAAAAUGACAGAAUAUAAACUUGUUGUCGUUGGAGCUGGUGGUGUAGGCAAGAGCGCCUUGACGAUACAGCUAAUUCAGAAUCACUUUGUGGAUGAAUAUGACCCUACAAUAGAGGAUUCCUACCGGAAGCAAGUAGUAAUUGAUGGAGAAACUUGUCUCUUGGAUAUUCUUGAUACAGCAGGUCAAGAAGAAUACAGUGCAAUGAGGGACCAAUAUAUGAGAACAGGGGAAGGCUUCUUGUGUGUAUUUGCUAUAAACAAUACAAAGUCUUUCGAAGAUAUUCACCAUUAUAGGGAACAAAUAAAGAGAGUUAAAGACUCUGAAGAUGUCCCAAUGGUGCUAGUAGGAAACAAAUGUGAUUUGCCUUCCAGAACAGUAGAUACAAAACAAGCUCAGGAUUUAGCAAGAAGUUAUGGAAUUCCUUUCAUUGAAACAUCAGCAAAAACAAGACAGGGUGUUGAUGAUGCCUUCUAUACAUUAGUUCGAGAAAUCAGAAAACACAAAGAGAAGAUGAGCAAAGAUGGUAAAAAGAAGAAAAAGAAGACAAAGACAAAGUGUAUAAUUAUGUAAAUACAGUUUAUCCUUAUUCUUAAGAAGUACUUAAGUAAUUUUUGUACAUUACACUAAAUUAUUAGCAUUUGGUUUAGCAUUACUUUACUUUCUGCUUCAUGAUCCUGUUAGCUUUACCUGAAUGCUUGUUUUAAAUGACAGUGGAAACUUCAUUCCUCUUAAAGUGCCAGUAUUCUUUGACUGUUGGUUCUUGAACUAGCAAUGCCUGUGAAACAAAAAACAAAACACAAAAAAAAACCACACACAAAAACCUGAGAACUGUCUUGGGACUCUUUGGUGCAUGCACAGUUGCUAACUUCUUAUUUUUCUUACUGAUUGUGAACUUCUGUUCUGUGUGCAAACCAAACAAUGAAAUGAUGCUCUACACAUUCUGACAUCCCCUUUUCAUUUUUUUGGCAUUUAAAUCUGGUUGGGAAAAAGGACCAGUUAGCAAAAGAGACUUUUCAUUUCAGCCUUUUAUUUUAGACUGACUGCAAUAUAGAGAGACCAGAAGCCUUUAUAGUCUUCCUGUAGAUUUUGCUUCUAGGCGUCUAGUCUUGUAGCAUUUCAGAUCAACUUUAAUGAAUGUAAAGAUAAAACUUUCACACAAAAAAAAGGUUUUUCACUGCAAUUUGUCUCGGUCGCUCCUUAAAUACUCUAUUUUUUCUAUAAAAAAAAGAAAAAUUAAAAAAAGACAAUAAUGCACAUCUGGCAGUGGAAAAAGUAAAAGUUUGAAUUAGGUUGAUUUGAUAUUGUUAAUGCAUUGCUUUAAGACUUUCACUAACUUUUUGUGUCUGAAGACCAAGGUGAAAUCCUAGCUCUCCUGCGUGACAAAUCUGCAAGUAGCUUUGUUCAGUAGGUACAGGAUUUCACCCUUAGCAUGUCUAGAAAAUACUAGAAAGCCUUAACAGAUAAGUUGAUUCAAAUUCUUAGGUUAAUUCAUACGUGGAUCCAGAAUUUACCAUAAGAAUUAAAUCAGAACGAAUCCUAAAUUAUAUAGGGAGGUAAAACCACACUUUUUUUUCCCCCAAUAGUGGCAUUGCAAAUUUUCAGAUGCCCAUUUUGUGCAAAAUAGGGGAGGAAUUUUAAAUUCUCGUAACAUCAAAUGAGUGAAUGGAUGAGUUGAAUUUAGCUGCUUCAUGCAAAUAAUUUGGAAAUCCACUAUGCCAUAAAAAUGGUGUGGAAUUUGCACAAACCGUCUGCAUAAAACAUGGUUUCCAGAGUCAAUGUUGUUUGUGUACUGUUCGUGAAGUACUUGUUUUGUUGCACAGAAUAAAUGGUUGAUGAGUGGCAUUCCAGUGUCUAGACUGUCAUGAAGCUAUACCAAGAUUUUAAUGUUGUCUCUCUCUGUGAUUUAAGUUCUCUUGUGAUCACUCCCCCCCUUUUCUUUCUCUGAUUGGAAUUAAUGCAGAUUUUUUGCAGAAGCUUUCAGUUUUUGGUACUGCAGUAGUCUAGGUAUUCUGGACUGAAGUAACAGCCAGUAGUAAUUCCAGUGUUGCCAGCUCCUGUUGUCUUACUGUGUGUAAACGUUGCAUUGUUUGGUUGGUUGGUAGGGCCUGGGUUCCUGAAGGUAUGCUUCCUCAUAGUACAUAACUCAGCUGCAGGGUGAAAAUGUGACUCUGGUGUACCCAGAAAAGUAAAACACAAGACAUUGAAGUACGAUAGUUCAGGACACUGGAAAGUUUGGAACAGAGAAUAGCAGCAUUGCCCUAACCUUGAAGUAUACCUAAAGAAUUCUGUGGAAAUCUUACAUAGUACAGUUUUCUUAUACCUGUGUAACUUGGACCAUUUAUAAGAUGUCAAAGGUGCAAUUGCAUGAGGAAAGUAUUCUUUUGCUUCUAAAAUACCACCCCCCCCAUUACUCUUGUACAUGGGGGGCUGCAAAACUGGCAGGACUGCUGCCUGUCUGGAUUGCUGUGUGUUAAUUUCAAUGUGGCUGAGAAAAAUAAUGCCCUUCCCUGCCUGCACCCCUCAUUCCCCAUCCUCCACCAAAUCCCAGGCUCCCUCCCCUCCUUUCAGCUUUGAUGUGAAAUAUAGAUUAUUAAAUAAUAUGAAAAACAGUAAUAUGAGAACCUAACAUUACAUCAUAAGGACCAAUAAGGAAUAAGAAAAGAUUCUUAAUGUUGCAAAACAUUUUAUAGCUUCCAAGGUUAAAACGUUUUGAAGACAAUUAGUUAUUUGCACAUUUUAGACACUCUUGAUUAUAUAUGAAGAACAUAGCAAAAGUGGGUAGUAUACCUUGAGUAAAUGGAAGUAAUCUUAAGUUUACUUCAAGAUUUUUGGUAACUGAGUCACACUGCAUGUAAAAUUAGGGCUGGUCUAAUAUUCUUAGUUAAUUAAAAACUGGAGAAAUUUUAGCUGAAAAGUCUUAAUCAUGAAAUGUGGAUUUAUACAGCUCUAAUAUAAAGCUAUAUCUAUAAUAGUUUUGUGUUGGGGUUUCUUAGUAAAUAUGAUCUGUAGCUACCAAUCUAAUUAAAUCAGUACAAACCCUAUUUAGAUUAGCCCUUAUUUACUUCAAAAAAUACACAUCCUUGCCACUGUUGUGCAGUUUUGUCUUAAUACUUUUGAGAUUUGGUGAAGCAUGUUGGAUUGCAGCUUGCACAAGUCGAUCUCAUAAUUAUCCUGUCUUUCCCUAUUUGAAAUGCUUUCAAAGAACAUACCUGGGUGCUGUCUGUUCUGAUAGCAGCUACUAAAUGAAUAUGUGAAUUGCUUACCACGUUAAUACAUUAAAAUUGCCAUGUGUCAGGGAGUAACACCUUCUUACAGUAGCUUUAUGUAACUCUGGUAAACAACUUUCUCAUCAGUUGUCCUCAAAACCGGAAUGUCAUUAUUUUGACCAGUCUCAUUGUCCUAAAAUGUUUUCUAACUUAAAGUUUCACCAUAUAGAUUUUGUUACAGUAGCAUGAUCUCUGUAAUGGGUAAAUACUGACACACAAUCUUCUGCUCCUGUCUACGCUCUCAAGCAAUACAAUUACCUUUGAAGACCAUCAGACUGUAAACAAAUCAUUUUGUCUCAAGUUUACAUAAAGCUACAUAGAUGGUAAAUCUUUCCUAACAUUUCUUUAUUCCACUGUCUUGUGUUUUCAUGUUGAAAAUACUUCUGCUUUUUCCUCUUGAGUGCCAACUUCUUACUAGAAUGACUUCUUAAUGUAAUAUGUUUACCUGGAAUGUAUUUUAACUAUUUUUGUAUAGUGUAAACUGAAACAUGCACAUUUUGUACAUUGUGCUUUAUUUGAUGUGGAACAUAUGCAGUGUGAUCCAGUUUUUCCAUCAUUUGGUUGUGUGACCUAGGAAUGUUGGUCAUACCAGACGUUAAGUUAAAAAAAAAAGGAAAAAAAA